UUUUGAGUAGUGGACAGGUCCGGAUCAUUUCCGUUCAAAUUGUAAACAAUAUCAUGUCAGAAGAGAGCGUAGACUUCUCUAAGAUUCACGCUGGUGGGGGAUACUCUUCAGAUUUUGACUCUGAUACAGAGAAAGUCAAAAGGUCCAAGAGGUAUGAUCUUAUUCCAGAGCAGAAGAAAACGACAGAAAAAGUCACAAAUAAGAGGGCCCUUGAGGAGGAGUAUGGGAGGGAGGAGGGCAAAAUACACAGAGUGCAAAUCCUCAGUAUGGAUGCAUACACUCGGCACAAAAAGUAUGUAAAUGAUUACAUCCAGUACUACGGGGGAUCGGAAAGUUUCUUCAAAAGAGACGCAUCCAGAGACAAGACGGACAUCGAUGUAAUCAAGGAACAUCACAGAUUUCUGUGGAACGAGGAGGAAGCUGAUACCUGGGAGAAGAGACUAGCCAAGAAAUACUAUGACAAAUUGUUUAAAGAAUAUUGCAUAACGGAUCUCAGCAGGUACAAGGAAAACAAGGUUGCCAUGCGAUGGAGAUUAGAAAAAGAAGUCAUAGAAGGAAAAGGACAGUUUAGCUGUGGAAAUAGGAAAUGCAACGAGAAAGAUGGCUUGAGAAGCUGGGAGGUUAAUUUUGCUUAUGUUGAAGAUGGAGAGAAGAAGAACGCUCUUAUUAAACUCAGACUGUGUCCAGAUUGUUCCUACAAAUUAAAUUACCAUCACAAAAAGAAAGAAAUCCUUCCUAAAAAGAAGAAGCGAUAUAAAGAAGAUGAAUCUAGUCCUAAAAAGCACAAACCUCAGCAUACAAUUUCAUCAGACACAGACCAACCUGGAAGUUCAACAAGUACAGAUACUGAGAAAUGCCUGAAAGAAGAAAAGUCCGUCUGGAGUGGUCCAGCCAAGCUAGCCGAGGAAAAGUCCAGAGAGGAAGAAUUUGAAGAUUACUUUGAAGACAUGUUUUUAUGAAUAAAUCUGUGUAUCAAUGAAA